GGCGACGUGAGUGCGCAAGGGGGCGGCGGCCUCGCCUCGUCUCUCGGUCUGCGCCUGGGUCUGGUGGGAGACGCCGAGCGCCGCCGAGAUGUCGGAUUUCGACAGUAACCCUUUUGCGGACCCGGAUCUCAACAACCCCUUCAAGGACCCAUCUGUUACACAAGUGACAAGAAAUGUUCCACCAGGACUCGAUGAGUACAAUCCAUUCUCGGAUUCUAGAACACCUCCACCUGGCAAUGUGAAAAUGCCUAAUGUACCUAAUACACAGCCAGCAAUAAUGAAACCAACAGAGGAACCUCAAGCUUAUACACAGAUUGCAAAGGAACAUGCCUUGGCCCAAGCAGAACUUCUUAAGCGCCAGGAAGAACUAGAAAGAAAAGCAGCAGAAUUAGAUCGUCGAGAACGAGAAAUGCAAAACCUCAGUCAACAUGGCAGAAAAAAUAAUUGGCCACCUCUUCCUGGCAAUUUUCCUGUGGGACCUUGUUUCUAUCAGGAUUUUUCUGUAGACAUUCCUGUAGAAUUCCAAAAGACAGUAAAGAUUAUGUACUACUUGUGGAUGUUCCACGCUGUAACACUGUUUCUAAAUAUCUUCGGAUGCUUGGCUUGGUUUUGUGUUAACCCUACAAGAGGGGUUGAUUUUGGAUUGAGUAUCCUGUGGUUCUUGCUUUUUACUCCUUGUUCAUUUGUCUGUUGGUACAGACCACUUUAUGGAGCUUUCAGGAGUGACAGCUCAUUCCGAUUCUUUGUGUUCUUCUUCGUCUAUAUUUGUCAGUUUGCUGUACAUGUACUCCAGGCGGCAGGAUUUCAAAACUGGGGCAAUUGUGGCUGGAUUUCAUCCCUCACUGGCCUCAACCACAGCAUCCCCGUUGGGAUCAUGAUGAUAAUCAUAGCAGCACUUUUCACAGCCUCCGCAGUCAUCUCGCUGGUCAUGUUUAAAAAGGUACAUGGACUAUAUCGCACAACAGGUGCUAGUUUUGAGAAGGCCCAACAAGAGUUUGCAACCGGUGUGAUGUCCAACAAAACGGUCCAGACUGCAGCUGCCAACGCAGCUUCCACUGCAGCCACUAAUGCAGCUCAGAAUGCUUUCAAGGGUAACCAAAUAUAGAGAGUCUUCAAACAGUACACUGUUACCUUUUGACUGUACUUUUUCUCCAGUUACUGUAUACUAUAAAUAUUUUUAUGUUUAAAACACAAAGUACAUACAGCAUGUAUAUUUCCUGUUCACUUGUGCAUGGGCUAAAACCAGAAAAACUUCCUGUCUGAUUACUUUACCGAAUAGUUUUCUUAAUAUUUCAGUGCCCCUGGCAGAAAAUAUAUUACAUGCUAAAUAAAUAUUCUCCAUAUUUUUUGGGGGAUGAAUGUUCAGCGAAUUAUUUCAGUGGUGACACGCUGAAAUGAAUAUGGUACUUAUGAUUUAAAAUAGAUUGAGUAUUAGCUGCAGUAGUUAUUUCAAGAAUCUUUAGACAUAAGGAUUACUCAUUGGAGCAGUAAAGGAGAUACUUCAUUUCUGUUUCCCUGCUGAUCUUGAAAGAAACAGGGCAGUGGAGACGUAGGAAAAUUUAAAUGACUUGCUUCUUAGUAAUUUGAGUCACCAGUGAAGAGCCUGUGUGAAUUUCGUAGUAGAAAAUGUACUUUGCCCUUUUGGUUUUCCUUCUUAAAGAGUAGUUGAUAUUUUGAUAUCAAUCGCUGAUCUUGCAUGGAUAGCGAGUUUCUUAAAUGAAUUAGUGUUUUGGGUUCUGCACUGCUUAUGGUUGUUGGAUUGGAGAUUUUUUUGCGGAAUCAUAGAAAUGAUUUUCUGUAAUAGUUUAUUUUAAAUAGAAAUGAAUUGGAGUACAACAUGAAAAUGCAACAUAAUAUGCAGUGCAUUAUCCAAAAGAAAGGGAAGAUAGUUGAUGGAGUAGAAUUUAGUGAUAAGAAUUCAUUUUUUAAAAAAAUUUCAGUAUUCAUAUAAUAGAAAGAUAUUACUGUAUGGAAACUUUGGUAUAUUUUUGUGGUUUAUCUUUUUCAUUGAACUGAGAUUGUGUUUGGCAGCUCUGUGUU